AUGCGCGUCGCAAUCAGAAAUGGUGCGGCGCGCCUUGUGUACGGCGGGGACGGGCUCUGGCGUGCGCUCGCCCUGUCGACGCCCCUCGACAAAGCUUCGAAGGCCGCUUUGAGCGACUGGCUAGCGCGAAUCGCAACUUCUGCACAAACCAGGUCUGCUGGGUCGCCAACGGGGAGCAUGGCUGCGAGUUUCACCGACAGCGAUCCGCAGGUGCUCGUCGUCGACGAUGGCCAAUUUGGCUCUGAUGCUGCAACGUACCUGAAGCACCUCGGCGACGGCCAUUUCGUUGCCAAGAAGAACACGCGUGUGAGCGACAGCUGGAGGGCUCGCUACGACGUCUUUCUGUUUGAGAGAGACGGGUAA